GAUUUGGCUGGUAUACCAAGAUACUUCCAUCUAGAUCAUGUGGAAAUUCCGUUAUCCCCUCACCAGUCACGCUUGAAAUCUCUCAUUUGUUUACUUUUAACCUUAAGAAAUGUAAUGAUCGUAAAUAGGAGUCUUAUAAUGCAGGCAUUAGAACAAGCCACCUCUCAUCUGCCCCGAAAUGUUAAUCCAAGUCCUACCGUUUCCACACCCUAUAUAAUAAAUA